UUCUUCUUCUGAUUGGGUUAAAAGGCAAUUUAUAACUCUUCUGAUUGAUUACACAAAAGCUCCGUCGGGUUACUCAGCUGUAGGGUUGCUAUGUUUAGGUCUCUGUUUCGGACACGAUCACAGUCACUCGUCACCAUGUCUUCAAUCACCCAGAGAGGAAAUGCAAGGCUUUUGUCUGAAGCUGCUGGUUCACAUUCUAGAGAUAAGAUAUUGGUUUUGGGAGGAAAUGGAUAUGUAGGUUCACAUAUAUGCAAGGAGGCACUCAGACAGGGUUUCUCUGUCUCCAGUCUUAGCAGGUCAGGAAGAUCUUCUCUGCAUGAUUCAUGGGUCGAUGAUGUAACCUGGCAUCAAGGUGAUUUGCUUUCACCCGAAUCUUUGAAGCCUGCACUGGAAGGAAUAACAUCUGUGAUUUCAUGCGUUGGUGGUUUCGGUUCCAACUCACACAUGGUCCGAAUCAACGGAACUGCAAACAUCAAUGCUGUUCAAGCUGCUGCACAAGGAGGUGUGAAGAGAUUUGUGUAUAUAUCAGCUGCGGAUUUUGGUGUCAUAAAUAACUUGAUUCGAGGCUAUUUCCAAGGGAAGAGAGCAACUGAAGCUGAGAUUUUUGAUAAAUUCGGAAACAGAGGAACGGUUCUAAGGCCAGGAUUCAUACACGGGACUCGUCAGGUCGGUAGCAUAAAGCUGCCACUUAGUCUCAUUGGAGCUCCUCUCGAAAUGGUUUUGAAGGUGUUCCCAAAAGAAGUGACGAAAAUUCCUGUGAUCGGACCGCUUUUAAUACCUCCGGUUAAUGUCAAGUCCGUGGCGGGAACUGCUGUAAAAGCUGCGGUUGAUCCCGAGUUUGCGUCUGGAGUCGUCGAUGUUUACCAGAUUCUUCAACACAAAACGACUCUAUCCUAAAACAAUGUCUUGUCCUAGUUUAUGUUCCUACGGAUUGGUUUAACUGUUUGAGAAUUUGAAUCGAAUGUAACCAAACCACGGUCUCUGGUUCUGCAACCAAUAAACUAUGUAUUACUUUUGGAUACUACCAAAGGGAGAGAAAAUAAUAAAUUCAGAAAAUGAAGCA